GAAAGGAAAAAACUGGCAGGAAGAGCUGUAGGCAUAUACUGGAAAGUAGACAGGGAGGCGGGUGGCUGGGGGCAGGGAGGAUUCUGCCUCAGCCAAUCGGGCACGCCAGGAAAGAUGACAUCACAGCCAAUGGGUAGCCAGCGCGGGACUUUCAAUUUUCUCGCCCCGCCCAAUAGGGAAAAGACUGUGCCUAUAAAGACGGCUGUUGCGGCCCCGGGACCGAUACCCUCCCGGCCGCUGUGUUGUGCAGUUGUUGUUCGCCAUGGCCCGUACUAAGCAGACCGCGCGCAAGUCGACCGGCGGUAAGGCCCCGCGGAAGCAGUUGGCCACCAAGGCAGCUCGCAAGAGCGCGCCGGCCACGGGCGGCGUCAAGAAGCCGCAUCGCUACCGCCCGGGCACCGUGGCGCUGCGCGAGAUCCGGCGCUACCAGAAAUCCACCGAGCUGCUGAUCCGCAAGCUUCCCUUCCAGCGCCUGGUGCGCGAGAUCGCGCAGGACUUCAAGACCGACCUGCGCUUCCAGAGUUCAGCCGUCAUGGCGCUGCAGGAGGCGAGCGAGGCCUACCUGGUAGGCCUGUUCGAGGACACCAACCUGUGCGCCAUCCACGCUAAGCGCGUCACCAUCAUGCCCAAAGACAUCCAGUUGGCCCGCCGCAUCCGCGGGGAGCGGAAUAAAAGCGGCGGCAUCAUGGCGCGUACUAAGCAGACAGCGCGCAAGUCGACCGGUGGUAAGGCCCCGCGGAAGCAGUUGGCCACCAAAGCGGCUCGCAAGAGUGCGCCGGCCACGGGCGGUGUUAAGAAGCCGCAUCGCUACCGCCCAGGCACCGUGGCGCUGCGCGAGAUCCGGCGCUACCAGAAGUCCACCGAGCUGCUGAUUCGCAAGCUUCCCUUCCAGCGCCUGGUGCGCGAGAUCGCGCAGGAUUUCAAGACUGACUUGCGAUUCCAGAGCUCUGCGGUGAUGGCGCUGCAGGAGGCGAGUGAGGCCUACCUGGUGGGGCUCUUUGAAGACACCAACCUGUGCGCCAUCCACGCCAAGCGAGUGACCAUCAUGCCUAAAGAUAUCCAGCUGGCUCGCCGUAUCCGCGGGGAGCGGGCUUAAAGCAUAGCAGUUUAAGCAAACAUCCAAAGGCUCUUUUCAGAGCCACCCACGGUUUCUUGAAAAGUGCUGUAACGGGUUUUCAGUUAUACCGUA